ACAGCAUAUCUGAAAUCUUUUUGAUGUAGAAUAAUUUUGCCUUUUUGAUGAGAGUUAUUCUUCUUCAUUUUUCUAUACACUCCAGGGUUUUCUACAUGGGAAGCUAAUGAUAAGGAAAAUAAUGCAUAUUAUAGUGCUCUUUGUGCUUAUGCUUCAUGUCCAGGAAACAGUCCCGGAGAUGGUGCAGUGUUAUGCCUCUUUUUACCCAUCGGAUGGAACAUGCGGUAAUAUUUUAGGGGAAGUUUCAUUUAAUGAUUGUUGUAUGAAUCCUGCAUAUGGCUAUCAGGAUAAAAAAAAUGAAUGCAAGUCUUGCAGAUUAGCUUCAUGGUCCACAUGGUCCGAGUGGAGUGCAUGCUCAGUGACAUGUACUCAGGGAGUGAGGCAGAGACAUCGUGCCUGCUACGGCGUUGGGAGUUGCCUUGACCCUCACCAUCUAGGAGAGAAACAAACUGAACCUUGCACUGACAUUGACUGCUGCCCAGAAAAUGGAGCAUGGUCUGAGUGGGGUUCGUGGCAGCUAUGCUCAGUUACAUGUGAAAAAGGAGUCAGAAAGAGGACGAGGACCUGCUCUAACCCACUUCCAAAAUGUGGGGGUGUUUGUGAGGGUCAUGGCGAAGUCGUCGAAAAUUGUGACACAGGGAUCGUCUGCCCAACUCAUGGAGGCUGGUCUGCAUGGGGUGGCUGGGGUACAUGUUCAGGGACAUGUGAAAAAGCAGGGAUUGCAAUACCUAUACAGCAGAGAACCAGGACGUGUACAAACCCUCCACCAUCUAUUUCACCACGUGGAAAUAAUUGCCCAGGCUCAAGCACAGACACUCAACAAUGCAUAGGACUGCCUUUUUGUCCAGUGAAUGGAAACUGGGGGGCAUGGUCAGCCUCUGAUUGCUCUGUGACAUGUGGAGUGGGACUACAGACACACCAUCGUGAUUGUGAUAAUCCUUCCCCAAAGUUUGGAGGCCAGGAUUGCCCAGGAGACAAUACCAAAUCAGUAGUUUGCAAAGAUCCAAAAUACUGCCCAGCAAAUGGCCAGUGGACUGAGUGGUCUGAAUGGACUCAAUGUGAUUCACCAAACCAAAGGAAAAUUACAUGCAAAAAUAAAUCAGGGAGGCGAAGGCGACUGAGAGACUGUGAAGGCAGGAAAUAUGAUGGAGCUUUCUGUGAUGGACAAGGUGUACAAUUCAGCUCCUGCUUUGACAUUGAAGGCUGUAAAGCUGGACAUGAUCUUCAAAUACCAAGAGCUUUAUGGUCAGAAUGGUCUGAUUGGAGUUACUGUAAACCUGACUGUGGUAAAGAUUCUGUACAGAAAAGGAAUCGGGAAUGUAUACCCGACAUCUCAAAGUACAGUGAUAAACGUCUAGAGAUCUUCUCAGGAAAACCAGAUAUUAUCUGCCCACCUUUGGAAGAAACAAACCAGACCAAGCCAUGUCUAAAUCUUCCACCGUGCUAGAUCAGGUUUAUGGUCAACACUCACAAAUGGAAAUGUUAAAAAAAAGCUUUUUCUACAACGUUUUCUAAUGAUAGUGGUUUCUUUGGUGCCUACUUUCUUUCUGCUAUUCAAUCUACCAAAAAGUUACAAUGCAUGUUCUGCAUUUAUGGCCGAGGUGUAGUAAUUGUAUUCAGGAAAUACAUUGAAUAGAUUUUUUUGCUUGCAUUUCUGUAGGUUUUCCUUUUUGCAUCAUAUUAAUAAAACAUGCUUUUGUGAAUUGCAAGAUUGGACAGCCUUAUUUAAGCAUUUUAUGGGUUGUGAUGUACUCUUGAUAUUUGAUGUACAAAAAUGGGACCUUUCCAAAGAAUUUUCUAAUACUUUUGUGUAAGGUGUACAAAAUGAAAAAAAAAAUCUAAUAUUGUUAUACAUUAUCAUUAGUAAACAUCAUACAACAUUUUGAAGUUCAAUUAAUAUUUAGUAGCGUUUUAUUCAUGUAUAUUAUAUUUUGUAAAAAUUGAAAAAAGAUGUUUGUCAUUACAAUAACUCGAGGAUGUUUUCCAUGUAGGUUUCCGUAGUGUAGUGGUUAUCACGUUCGCCUCACACGCGAAAGGUCCCCGGUUCGAAACCGGGCGGAAACAAUUGUUUGUUUUUCGUUCCUGCCUUACUUUCAAUUGUAUAUAGCCUUAACAGUCAUAGGUAACAUCCCUCCAUUGUAUAAUUUCUGCAGUGAUUAAUAUAUUUUCAGCUGGCAGCAAUUUAUUUAACCCGAACUCAUGCAGUGAGCAGCUUCUUAUUUCUCUAUAUAACAACCAUGUUGGCUGACAUAUUCUAAAAAAAAUAAUAAUAAUUUGGGAUCAAUUAAAGUCAUUUAGGAAGGCUACACAGUCUCUCUUUUUGUAGUUGUUGCUAUUUGUUAUUCUUUAAUGUUAUUCUAAGCUACAACAAAUAGCUAUAUGUCAUUUGCCGUUUGUUGAAUGGCUGCUGGAUGAUAGUGCUCCGCCCUCUUCUGGUGUAUGUUUGAGCAAACCCAGAAAUCUGAACUCAUCUGAGUGAAUCAUGAAGAGUCGAGGCAGUGAAAAUACCCAACAGUAAAGCGUUAAAGGAUUUUAGUUGUGUGUGAGUAAACUUUAUAUUAAAUCAGUUGAACUUUGAUUUUUAUUAACUCACCAGGCACAAAGUGUGUAAUAUGAUGUCAGUAUUUGUUAUAUGUAAUAACAUGCUUAAUAUUUUCUUUGUUCCACUGGAUUUUAUUUCUUGAUGUUUUUCGCAGCUUGAGAACUGGGCAAAGGUAGGGGCAAGCAGACUUAAAGCUACAAAAUAAAGAGAUUUUAAUAUAAUAUGAAAGUCACUGAUGUAUUUCGCUUUUUCUUUGUUGCCACUGAUGGUUAGAUAAAUGUUCACGGAGUAGUCUGACCACUAACAGCGAACGACGUAGAUUUUAAAAUGUACUUAUAUGGCGGGGUGUUAAAACUUUUAUUCAGCAUCAAACUGAACAUUAUUGAAAGUGCCGCUAGCGGUCUUUACAGAUGCCACGUAGUCAUGCCAAGGUAUCUCUUGUAUACCAGUAGUACACCUGCAUCAUCCUAGGCGUGAAAAGGCGAACAAAAGAAAAGAGAGGAUUAAAAGCGAUCCAUAAUAUGAUUAAAAGCUGCCAUAAUAUGAUUAUAUAAAUAAUAUAAAAAUAUAAUAUAAAAAUAAAUAAUUUAAAGAACUAUCAGUUACUUACAUAACUGAUAUACAACGCUGACAUACGGAAGCCGAAAUAGCUCAGUUGGGAGAGCGUUAGACUGAAGAUCUAAAGGUCCCUGGUUCGAUCCCGGGUUUCGGCAGCUUUUUCAAUUUCCACAGCUUCAUUAGACAGUUAUUCUUUUAGUGAAUUCAUCUUAAAAAAGUCGAUCUAAUCGUACAAAUCCAUAGUUUCUCUGAGACUCUGUGGACUGUCAGUAAAAAGCAGCAUAUGGAGGCCGAAAUAGCUCAGUUGGGAGAGCGUUAGACUGAAGAUCUAAAGGUCCCUGGUUCGAUCCCGGGUUUCGGCAGGCUUUUCAUUGCCUCAGCAGACAUUUGUGAAGUCAUCGUUUCUUUUAUAUUAAUACUAUAAAACUUCCUGUUAAUACAGAGACUACAUGCGGUGAGCAGAUUCUUAUUUCUCUAUAUGACAACCAUGUCAGUUGACAUAUUCCAAAAAUAAUAAUAAUUAGGCAUUUGGGAUCAAUUAAAGUCAUUUAAGAAAGGCUACACAAUCUUUCUUUUUGUAGUUGUUGCUAUUUGUUAUUUUUUAAAUUUUAUUCAAAGCUACAACAAAUAGAAAGCAAACUAACCGCCCUCCUCUGGUGUAUGUUUGGGCAAACCCAAAAAUCUGAACUCAUCAGAGUGAAUCAUGAAGACUCGAGCCAUGAUAAUGUUCUUCAAUAAAUUUCUGUUUCAAAAGUGAAAACUCGAGCAGAGAAAAUACUCAAUGGUAAAGUCUCUGUAUGAACAGGAAUGUAUAUGCUGCUUAUUAUACUAACUUUUCCCUCGUUAUCAUGCAGUAUAACUACAUAAAUUCUGUACUCGGAAAGAAAACAACCAUUGGUCGUGAGUUUCCGUAGUGUAGUGGUUAUCACGUUCGCCUCACACGCGAAAGGUCCCCGGUUCGAAACCGGGCGGAAACAAAUAUUUCCUUUUUAACUUCGUCUUGAAUUCUGAAUUAAUUAUUUAAUGUUUUUAGCAAUAGACGUAUUCACAAAACAGCAUUACAGAAAUCCCGAUGUAGCUUCAUCCUUCAUGAGCAAGCAAACAAACACUGUCAACAAACCCUGCCUGAGUCCACUUGAAGAAACCUCAAAAAGCAUAUCAUGGGGUUAUACAUUAUUACCCUUACACAAUACAAAAUAAUGUCAAACAGUAUUAAGUGUGUUGUUCAGUACCAGCAUCACACUGCAGUGGAUAAUCUCAGCUGUGUACUGCAAGCACAAGUAUGCAUUACACAGGUGAGAGUAUCCAGUGAAGCAAGGGUGAGAUUUGGACUCCUGGGAAGUGACAGUCUUUAGGGUAUGACAAUCUAUUGCCUAAUUAAUUAAUUUUCAUAACAUUUAAAUACCAUCAAUAUAUAAAGAACAACCCUUUACAGUUAACAUUCACAGUGGCAUUGUGUCCACUGGGACCACACCAGGAUAAAGCUACUGAAGAUAAAUUAAUGAAUUUUUGUACCUGACUUUCUUACAAGUAAAUCCAACAAAAUGAUCUACUGGACACUGCAGGUUCAUGUGUGAUUAGGACGAGAAUUAUCAAAGCAACAAAGAUGAAGAAAUCAGUGCCAUUAAUGGAUUAAUAAUUAACUUUCCCUUUGGGUCUUACAGUGACAAAUGUUAUUAUUUAAAAAAAUGGUUUAUCCAUUUAUUAAUAAAUAAGAAGUGGCUUUAUUACUUUUUCAAUAUUAAUCUCUCACACACACUGUAAGAAUCACAGCGAUACAAGGUUGGUCUUGGAUGAAUUUAUUGUAUAAAUACAGGUAUUGCUAGUAUUCAGUCCAGCAAACCUCUCAAUGGGAAUAAUUUAAUGUUCUAUAAAGCUCUUAAAGAAAACACAGAAGGCCCACAAUGAUUGUAUUUUCAAAGAAAAUUCCAUUGGCCCAGGUCUAUAAAGGAUUUCAGCACUUCCAAGAAGAAAGGAAAACAAAAGAACACUUGGUGUUAAGAUAUGUAUGGAAUCUUAAAUUCAAUACAAGGAAUGGUAUGAGAAUGUGUUUACAUUCUGUAAAAAAUAAGGAUAUUAAAACUCUAUACACCUCUGUUCAAAUGUCAGAUUUUGUGAUGGAAAAAAAUGAAACCAGAAUAUAUAAAAUAAAAUAUGUUUUAGGGAAAAAAAGAUAAAGAAACAUCUGAUCACCUGGCUGCAUAAGUGUGUAUACCCUUUUAUAAUGGGUCAUAUGACUGUGCUCAGAAUUAACCAAUCACAUCCAAACUCAGUGUUUUAAAGUAAUUUUCAUAAAGCUGUCAUUACCUAUGUGAAUAACCCCAGGAUUUUCUUGACAUUUUCUUGGCUUAAUCUGACUGCUAAAGCCAAGUUCAGUAAAUAGAUUACAAAGCAUGUACAGUAUCUCACUGUCAAAAGUAUUGAUCAGGAGAGGGGUAUAAAAGAAUUUUAGUAUUAGUAUUAGAAGUACAACUGAAAACUGGAAAGAGCAGCAAGUGGAGAAAAAACGGGGGACCACAGUUAGGUUACCAAGAACAAGAAAUCCAACCAAAAUUGAUGAAAAGACAGCCAAAAUCAUAUCAGGAAGGGCUUUUGAGAAUGUGUACUUGUGACUCCCUGCAUGUAUUUGCAUAUCUCUUAACUAUUACCCUGUUUACCCUGUCUUGUCUUUCUAAGUUAUAUUUUUACAGUUUAAUAGUUAUAGUUUUUUUCCUAAGUUGUAUAUUUUUGCCUGCUAUCACUGGGGCCUCAGUACUUAGUUUUGUUCCCUUUUAUGUACUACAUAUUAUGGAAUGACAAACUUUC